CUGUGUAGCAAAUGUGACUGGCUAAUGUCAUGUAUGUCCUGCAAACCUUCAAUUACUGUUUGAAUAACAGAUGCUGGGAGAAUCAACUUUGCCUGAAGCUGUAAGUAAAAAAGUGCCAUAUUCUUCAAAAACAGAGAUUCGUCUACACUUUCUGGUAACAAGCCUAUAUCUGAGUGCUCACCACCAUCUCCAGUGCAAGUGUCAGAAUGUUCAUCCACAUCACUUGGAGAUGUGCACAACUGCCCUGAAACAUCUGACUCAAUAAUAUUAUGGCCCAGUCUUUCCACUGAACACUUUCAAUGGUUUCUUGAUAAAUGAGAGGUAAAUGUUGAAACAACAGAAAAACUUUUGUUGCAUCUAAAUGGUCAAGGGACUGUAACAACUUCCUUGAUAUGACACUUAAAGUGAGAAAAUAAAAUUUUUAAAUCACUACAUCUAACUUCACAGAAAUCAAUGUGACAAAUAAAAGCAGAAACAUAAAGUUCUACUCCAAUUUGGUCUGUAGAAGAUGCAGCCUUUCGUUUAUGGUCCCUGUAUAUAUGUGACUUAAAUGCAAACUUUCUAAAGGAUCUAGAGCAAUCUGGAAUACCACACUUAAAAUUACAAUUAGGGACAUGGCUGUGGAUUUUCAUGUGCUGACAAAACGUUAGUACUGAUUCAAAUGCACGAUCACACAACUGACAAUGCAGCAUUUUUCAGUGGACGCUGUUGCAUCACUCUAUAAGCUUUCACCCACUGGCCAGCAGUUGUAACUGCAACUAAAAUUCCUUUCAACCAAGAUGCUGACCGACUGGCAUAAAAGUUGAUCACAGCAAGAAUAUAUUGCCAGUCCUUCUAUUAUAGAAGACUCUUGCAGGUAAAAUAAAUAUGACAACAUAAAGUAACAUCUGAGAAACAAUAUUAUUCUUUUAUUUUUCAGGUAUUGAUUUCGUUUAAGGAGUAAAUUGGGAUUAACCAUGUGUCCACUAAAUUGGACAUCAUGCAUUGCCAGCUAUAUUUCAGCUACAAGUCAUACUAUUGGUAUAACUUUGUUUUUUUUUUUAUUAUUUUGUUUCUAGUAAGUUUGUAGUGAAAAUCAAAUGUAUCUUGAGGCAUUAACUGAGAAAAAAUUUGGCCAGAUUAGUUGUGUUAUUUGAGUGCCACGUCACGUGCAGGUGAGAGGGGAAGCAGGCGAGUCGAGCCGUGAAUACGGGUAGAAACGGGGUUUAUUUGCAGGGAAACGAACAACACGGCAGACAACGUCAAUGACUGAUCUGGGGAAACAGGCUUGAACACGGACUAAAUACACAAGACAAGCAGAAAAUAACAGGCAACAGAUGAUCACAAUCGGUAAUUAACACGAGGUAAUGAGGGGGGCGUGGCACACAAGAGGAUCAAACGAGCAGAUUAUGACAGAACCCCCCCCCAAAAGUGCGCACUCCGGGCGCGCCUCAGGGGAGGUGACGGAGGAGACGAAACCGGGGACACGGGACCUGAAAAACAAGAGCAAAAACAUCAACAAGAGACUGGGAACAGAACAGACACACAGAACAGGCACAGGGACAGGAAGUAAGACAGGACCUGACAAAGAAUGGGAAACGCCGACAGGCAAACCAGGAAGGGAGACACAGGGGGAACACCGACAGGCGGAACGAAAGGGUCAGGAGUGAACAUGGGAGGCACAGAGGGACGAAGAGCAGAGACAGGAGGGACGACACAAGGAGGCAGGACAAAGGCCGGCGGACAAUGGGGAGCCCGAGGGAACCCAGGCGGGCGAGGGAAGGCAGCCGCAGGGGCCACAGGCGGACGGGAGGCCAGAGCCAGAGGGGACCACACAGGGGACGAGGAGACAGAUGGAGGGACCGACAGAGGAGGCGAGGAGGAAGCAGACAGCUGGACCGGACCGGACCAGACUGGAGCCGCAGGACCCACAGGCAUUCACCAAGUCACAGCCGGGGAGAGCAAGGGGAACUGUGUGGAGGUCUGGCGCGAGAACUUCCAGGGUUUCACUGUCCUGCCUUUGCCGGUUCUUCCUGCUCCGCCUCCACCAACCACCGGCAGCCGAACCGCUGCUCCAGUGCCUCCACCAGGGCUGUGAAGUUUUGCUGCUCAUCGGGGGUCAAGCUGAGGAGAGCCUGGAGUGCCAACGCCAGGUGCACCACCAUCCCCUCAUUGCUCCAGGCAUUGUGCCGUGCUGCCUGGCACACCUGAAGGAGAUAGGUCUCCUGGAGCUCCUUCCCAGCAUAGUGUGGGAACUUGAUGGCUGCCUUGACUCCCCUUCUAUCAGGAUGGCUCAUCUCCCAUUGCUCUUCUUUCUGUCAGUUAUGAUGAUGGAUCAGGAAGGAAUAUUAGAGAUUCAGCCCAGCCAUCAGUUAUGUGAGUGUCAUUCUUUACUUCUGAUUAAGAGAACUUUAAUUCAAUGUCUUACUGUUUCUUUUUGCAUGAUUAGAAUGGAAAUUUCGUCAGCCAAACAUAAUUUUUUGGGGUGAGCAGAAAACAGGAGAGUUUAUAUAGUUGUAUAUCCUUAAAAAUCCUUUUUAUUUGGGAAAUAAUGUUUAUUUUGGUACAGCGGUAAAAAUGAUGAAGUAAAAUGAGAUGGUGCAGGCCAGGUUUGAAUUAUAGUCUAAUAAAUGUAAUAAUGGCCUUUUUAAGGUAUAUUAAGGUAUACACUUAAAAAUAUUGAGGAAAUAGUAAAGUUGUGAAAUACCUUAAAUAUAUCUAAUGAAACCAAAUAUAAGCAAAUGAACUGUACACACAUUAACAUUUUAGACAUUUAUUCUUCUCAUAUAUGGUGAUAUGCAAUAAUGUCAAUAAUACAUAUCCCUAUAAAACCAAUAAGCCAACUCUGCAUAUUAAUAAGGUCUCUUAAACAAUGGUGUAAUGUGCCAAGAAUUACAGAGUCCAUUUAGAAUAUGUCAGUCAACAGAUCCUGUUUUGCAUGAAUGGAAACUUCAACUUGGAUAAUACAGUAAAACUGGUCUAAGUCGCCGGCUUGUAACUCGUCAAUGUGCACAAGUCGACGCUCAAG